AAUGUUUUCAUUGGCUCAGGGGAGAUUUUGUAAACGUUCGUUCCCGCCUUCGCGUCCAUUUCAUGUUUACUCGUCAAGCAUGUUGUCGUCGCCUUGUUUUUCUCCGAGGAUUAAAACUAGAAACUUUUUUUAUUGACUUCUGCACUUUUGUGACAUUUAAUGAUGAACUUGCUUUCCUUCUUCCUCCUAGUUGUACAAACACACAGCGUGACGCCUGUGAUUCACACGCUGCAGUAUUUCACCACUACAUCCUCUCAAGUUCCAAACUUCCCAGAGUUUGUAGAGGUUGGUUAUGUUGAUGAAGUUGAGAUGAGUUACCAUGACAGCAACAUCAGGAAAGCAGAAUCCAAACAGGACAGGAUGAACAAAAUCACAGCAGAGGAUCCAAACUACUGGCAGAGACAAACAAAGAAGAAAGUUUUUAGACAACAUGUCUACAAAGACAACAUUGAAAUACUUAAGAAGCGUUUCAACCAAACUGGAGUUUCAGGUGUUCACACUUACCAGGUGAUGACAGGAUGUGAAUGGAAUGAUGAGACUGAUGAGGUUAAAGGUUGGCAGCAGCACAGUUAUGAUGGAGAAGAUUUCAUAUCGUUGGACAUGAAGACAUGGACAUGGACCGCAGAAAAACAACAAGCCUUCCCCACCAAACUCAAGUGGGACCAAGACACAUUUCUACGAGCAGACUAUAAGUAUUAUUUCACUGAGCUAUGUCCUUCUUACUUGAAGAAGUAUGUGGAGUAUGGGAAGAAAGUCCUAAUGAGAACAGAGCUUCCAGAGGUGUUCCUCCUCCAGAAUACGCCAUCCUCUCCGGUCAGCUGCAUGGCGACAGGUUUCUACCCCGACCGAGCCGACUUGUUUUGGAGGAAAGAUGGCGAGCAGAUCUUGGAGGACGUGGAGCACGGAGAGCUGCUCCCCAACCACGACGGAACCUUCCAGAUGUCGGUGGAGCUGAAAGUGGAGGUGACGGCCGAGGUGGAGGGCAAGUACGAAUGUGUGUUCCAGCUGUCUGGCGUCAAGGAGGACCUGGUCACCAAGCUGGAGAGAAGAAGCAUCCUGAGCAACGCAAGCCAUGAAGCAGCUGUCAAACAAAUCAAUCAUACCAUACCAACAGGCAACGUGAGCGUUACUGCCACGCUGGCGGUCCUCACUGUGGUGGUCCUCCUGGCGGCCCCCAUCAUCAUCAUCUUCAUCAUCAAGCGUCGCCGAAGCAGACAAGCCCAAUACGAUCCAACUGCUGGUGACGGUGGUAACGAGCUCUCAGAGAGACGUGAAGGCUGAGUGACACACAGCAGUCGGCACACAGUGAGGACUUUGCUUUUUCAUGCACCUCCAAAUGUUCUUCUGACUUUGUGUGAAGAUGAUGUUCACUCUGCCACAUGCUAACAUCUGCACUUGGAUUCACCUGCUUUUGUUGGGAAUGUGCUGAGUCAUCUUCUUCCUCCAGCAUACUUUGUGCACUGGAACACAGAGAGAUGUCUCCAUCGCUGAGGGACCUCAUCACACUUGGACAUUUCUCUGACAUCUGCACAAAUUGCUCCUCAUGUUACAUGAUGUCUUCUUUGGCUGUUUAUGGCUGAGAAAACACCUUCAAUCUGCAUUUUUCAACAAUAUUUUGCCAGCGAAUCAUGUUGAUGUUGAUCUUUGUGUCCAUGUAGUUGUGAUGUCAUCAUUUGGGGCUCAUGUGUCAUCACAUUGACAAGGAUUUCUUCUUCACUUUUCUUUUUUUUUUUUUUUUUUUUGGUCCUGUCCAGCUUCUCAGGCAAAUCAUAUAGUUGAUGUAGAUGCCCAUGUUGGCUGUUCAGAUUUACUUUACAAAAGAGAAGUGUAAGAUACUUCUCUUGUUGCCUUAUUUGAAUUUGACUUUAUUAAAUGUAUUGAUAUUAUCAUUUGGUGCAGAGCAGGAGGGGAUAGAAAGAGAAAAAAAGGAAGACAGAGUGAAUCAUGUUGAUGUUGAUCUUUGUGUCCAUGUAGUUGUGAUGUCAUCAUUUGGGGCUCAAGUGUCAUCACAUUGACAAGGAUUUCUUCUUUCCUUUUCAAACCAAUAGACAGCUGCUUAUCAGUGAAUAUCACCUUGUGUCACAUGUUGUCAUUAUUUUUACAAAUAUUUUGGAACAAUAGUACCAUUAUAAGUACUGUUCAAUGUUAAUGUUAAUUGUUUAUUAUGUAACAUUUAAGAAUGAUGAUUACGAGAACUGCUGUCCAGUUGUUAUAUCUUGUUUUCUGAUUACAUUAGUCUCAUUUGUAAUGUAGUUGCACUUCCAAGACCAUUAGAUGGCAGCACUGUAUAACUAUUUAUGGUAUGUUGUCAAACUAGAAACUAGCUUUUUUUCAGGAAAUCAAUGUGUUAGGUUGCACCCUACAAAGUGUCAAUACUGUAAGAAUAGUUCUCGUUACACAAAUCUGUAAAAUUGUAACUAUAAUCUUAGUUGUUGUUUCCCUUACCAAAUUUCAAAGUGUUGAAAUCGCCAUGUAAAAUCGCUCAUGUUAAUAGUAGCCUGUCUAUGGCAAAUCCUAUGUAAAUUUGCAAUAAGCUAUCGCAUUUUGGAAGAGUGUCGCAUUACUUUAGGUUUGCGCUGUUUUACAUUAAGCACUGUGUUGGUGUUGAAAAUGGCAACAUGACUUAGAGGGAGUUUGGCUGAGUCCGGCCUGAGUGCUGCUUGAGUGAUUGUUUACAUGAGCCUGUGUUUAGUCUGAAAGCAGACAUGACCAGUCCGAAACCGGACAUGACGUCACAUGCAACAAAGGUAUCGAACUAUGGCACCGUUUGAUUUUACGUGAAUUGAUAGUACCGAGGGAAUUCGGUCAUUACCUACAAAAGUACUGAAUUCGGUCGCCAACCCUACCAGUUAGUGUGACAGAGGGGGACAGUGACACAAGAUUUUUAUGACAAAGUGUUGCAAAAUAUUUUUUGUUUUUUAAACAAUUUGCUGUAUUUCCGUUCCUUGAUUGCCAAAUAUGCAGAGGAUGUCAUUUGGAAAGUAAACAAGGUAGGCCGUUCAUAUAUUCAGUGUUUUAUGUGAACAAUGUUUCACGUACAUUCUGGUUGUUUUAUUCAGUAAAAACUUGUCAAAUACAA